CACUAAAAUAUAUUGUACAAAAUAUUAGACAUUUAAACAAUAACUAAAAUAUAUAAAGCAAUCACUAAAGUUUUAAAUUGGAUAAGAUGAAGAAGAAUAGUAGUUUAUAUAAUGGGAAUUUCAAUUUGUAAUAAUAUUUCAAAAAAUUAUUUUAGUCUAGUUGUUAGUGUACCCCUUUAAAAGGAUAUCUCGGCACGGGUUUGAGUCUCGAAAUGAACAUAUUUUUUAAAAAAUAUAUAUAUAUAUAUCAAAACGAUGUCGUCUUAUCUUAUUAACGGUUGACUAACUUCUGUUAGAGUCAAUGUAGAUUUAGACGCGUUUUAAAAAGUUUGGGUAAUUUUUCUUAAAUUAUAAUUAAGUUGAAGUCGUUUUUGACACUGGCCAUUUGUUCGGGUCCUAUUUGGCACGGCUGAGAGUGUUGAGGUCAAAAUUGACACUUUCCUAGUAUAUCAAAACGACGUCGUUUUAUCUCGUUAACGGUUGACUAACUUCUGUUAGAGUCAAUGUAGAUUUAGGCACGUUUUAAGAAGUUCAGGUAGUUUUUUUGAAUUAUAAUUGAGUUGAGGUCGUAUUUGGCACUGAUCAAUUGUUCGGGUCGUAUUUGGCACGACUGAAAUUGUUGGGGUCGAAAUUGGCACUUUUCCCGAAAACCCCCUCCCAAUAAGAUUUUUUUGUGAAGUGAACACUUCAUAAAUAAACAACGACUGAAAUUCACAUGACCAAAGUUCUAAUGAGAUAUAUAAAAUAAUUGCAGUGAACUAACAUUUUACUCACAAGAGAGUAUUCAUGGAUCUACAAAAUACAUUCAACCAAAUCUCAGAAAAAAGAGAAGCAAAUCAUCUAACCAAAGUUAUUCCACAAAACCUUAAACUUGAACUUGUUAUAUUUACUAAGUUUAGAAACCUUAAUAAGCAUAGAAAUUUUAGAGGAUCUUUGAUUUCAACUAGUAAUCUGGAAAACAAGGUUUACUUACAUGUCGAAGGAGAGAAAACACUAAAAUCGUACAUAGAGAAUGUAUUCAAAUCAUCUUUUACUCUUUACAAUAUUGUUAUUGCCCUUGCGUUGCAUCCCUUUUAAAAAUGUAUUCAAAAAAUUGUUGAAGCUUAUUGUAACAACUCAAAUAGCAACACAGAUCAAUUAGUUGAUUUAAAUGCUGACAAAAAAUUUAUUUAAGUAUAUACUAGAUUCUAACCCGCGCUGAAACGCGGAAAUUAAUUCAUCUAAUUUUAAUUUUAUUUUUUUGUAUAUAAUAUGUGUAUAUAAUUUUUAUAAAUCGUUUUGUGUAAUAUUUAUAUAUAUAUAUAUAUAUAUAUAUUUGACAUCUAUAUCUAAUUUUUAGUGGUGUUAUAAUUUGUGUUGUACAUGUUGUUAGUUUGUAUUGAAUCUUGUUUCAUUUUCAGUAUAAUAGUUUGAUUUGGAUCACUUUAAACUUACAUAUCUUAAAUUUAAAAUAUUUGAUUUUUUUUAUAAAUAUUAUAUAAUUUUAACAACUUUAUUAGUUAUGCUUAUAACUAAUCAUAAUUAGUUUGUUAAAAAUAUUAAACACAUUUGGCCCAAAAAAUUUGAAUGGAUGUUUUUAAGAUCAAAAGUUUGGGCUAUUUAAUAGUUUAUGGAUCAGGCCUUGUGACAAAUUUAAUUUAACAAAGGAUAUUAUCUAAACCCAAAUGAGUAAUAAACUUUUGUCCCAAAAAAAAAACAAAAUAAUCUGUAAAGUCAACAACUUUUGAUGAUCAAUUAAUAUUUUGUUUCUGUCGGUGUGAAUAACAGAUGCACCAUUCAAGUUCAUCUUUUCUCUCUCUCUUCUUCGUUGGAACCGAAACGACCAGUUUACCGAAACAAUAAAAAAAAUCAAUUGAUCUUCUACAAAGAUUUUGUUUCUCAAGACAUGCAUGAUCUUUGCUAUUUGAUCGGAGGAAAAGAAAGUAAUACUAAUUUUUAACCUAACUCUUAUAGCUAAUCUGAUCUCUUAUAGUUUAUAAAUCGUGUAAAGAAUUGGUUUGGUUAAUAUGUUUGUUGAUCUAGAUAUGCAAACCUUGUAGAUCAGACAGUAAUUUGAGAGAUCAAGUCAAGGAAACAGUUACUAUCCAGGUUGAAAGUAGCGGACGCAAAAUCAGUGGCCGAUUUGAAACGAAAUACGUGGUUCGUCAAGUCAAUCGAGAAAGAGAAAAGAUAAGUUUUAUAAUUUUCUUUGAGUGUUUUUUUAUUCAUAAUAUUUAAUCUAAUAAAUCGAGCUUGUUACAAACAUUGGCAGAUUGAAAUAUAUUGGAUACAAAAAGCUAAGCUCAGCUGCGUUGAGAUAACACACACACUGCACGUAUCUGAAGGCUUUGUUCCAGACUCUAUUGGCAAAUCUUAAUGUGGAUAGAAUAUUCUGGAUAUCGAUUGUAUGUAGAUAAUCAUUAGAUAUUAAACGAAUUGAAAUUACAAAAUAUCUAAUCUAUAUACUUUUAUAUAAAGGAACAUAUAUUGUAUACGGGUAUGAAUUGUAUCUUCGGCUAUAAUAAACAAAUAAACAAAACAUAUGUAACGUAAACAAAAGUCAUGAUCUAAUCUAUAUAUGAUUGAAGCUUAUAUGCAGAUAAUUUUGUGUUCAUAAUCAGAUUUUAUAUUUGUUAGAAUGGUUAGUACGAUGAAAGAUGGACAAAAUAGAAAAUAAUUUGAGUUUUUUUUAUGUGUCAGGUAGUGAUCUGAAGAGAAGGAAAGACGAACAUCUAUACCAAACAUGAUAACCUGUUGGUUUAGUUUUAUUGGAUUGCUUUAUUAAGUGCAAUAACCUGUCGUUGUAGUUUUUGUUUAAUUUUGGAUGGUUUUAAUAUAUUAGAUAUUGGUUUAGAUUAAGUAAUCCGAUUGUAUGUAUAUUGGUUAAGUUUAAGUAGGUAUGUUACAUUUGUAAAGUAGUGUGAUAUAUUCUAGUAACAUUUAUCAAAGAGAUCAAAACUUAAAUGACAACUUCAAGUAGUAGAUAAAAACCAAUCCCUAAAUUAAUAGAUUAGAUGUAAACAUUUAUUUAAUCAUUCAUUUAGUCUCUAACAUUUUGUAAAAACUGAAUUGACAUUGUUUUGAUGUUUUUGUUAAGUUGAAUUCAUUUAAUCUUAUCGAUUAAACACAUGCAUCAAUAUUAGCAAAAAUGUUUUUUUUAAAUGAUAGAAAACUUUUUAAUCUAAUUAUUGUUCAGGACAAGUCAUAUCAUAUAUCAUAUGAUUUACAAAAAGAAGAUGACAAUUCAAAUGAAUUGGUUGAUCAUCUAAAGUGACAGGUUACUAUGAUCUUGGUUGUCUAUCUUCAGUUCGGGUACUCUUUUCAUUUAUACUCUUUUUUCAUUUAUACUCUUUGGAUAUAUUUGCCGCUUUGAUCUAACCGUUCUGAUUCUGGUACAAGUUUAAUUGAGAUAGUAAUAUUAUCUUCAGUGAAUCAACUGUGUUUUGCAGUUACGUAGACCUGGCGCAGAUGUGAAAAUUCAAUUGCGAGUCAAUCGAUACUAAACAAGCACCCAAACAUGAAAAAGAUAAUGAUCCAAAUGCAUCGAAGAGAAACAUUGAAAUCAAAUAGGUAGCAAGAGAGAUUCAGAUAAAGACCCUGAAUAAUUCAAGGAGGAUGAAUUGUUGAUUUUGUGAGUAAAAUAAACCGAAGGCCAAUUGAACCAAAGUUAAUUUAUCGAGCCAGUUUAUUUCGGUUUACAAGUUUAUUAAUUUAAAAAGGGAAAUUAAAGAUUCUGUUUCGGAAAAAAGGAAAUUAAACAUGAGAACAAAAAAAGGAAAAUAAAAUAGUGAACAACCAACCGACUUCAGUUAGUUAGCUUCUUCUUCUUAUAAAUUAGGACGCACUUUGCGGUAUCAGUCUGGAAACUAGCACCAUUCCCACAGGUAAUCAACUCAGCGGUAUUCAUCUCUACCCUGGAAGGAUGGGAACACGUCAAAAAGAUCCACACUCUUCCUCCGAUAGGGCUGGGUCCGGGGACCCUAGCGGCUUGGAUCGUUUGGUCACUAUGGAUCGCAAGGAACCAGCUACUCUUUGAAAAACGAAAAUUCACGCCGGAGGAAACAAUCAGCAAAGCGAUCUCAGAUGCCAGAGAAUGGAUGCUGUCACAACCCCCUAAAUCACCAGCUAUCAUGAACCCCUUGAUCAGACCGGAACCAACUCCUAAUUACUCAGCUCACUGCUCGAUCUACACGGAUGCAGCGUGGAACUCGACAUCAGGCUGUGCAGGACUUGGUUGGAUCAUUGAUGAUCGGAAUUCAUCGUCUCAACAUACAGCGACCUCGACGUUCGUCUCGUCGCCCCUCAUGGCAGAAACUUUGGCUGUCUCCACGGCCAUGACCUUUGCUCUACUUCACGGAAUUGAUUCCAUCUCGCUCUUCUCAGAUUCGCAAACCUUGAUCAAAACUCUGAACCGACAGGAGAAGAAGCUUGAGAUUUAUGGCGUCCUUUGUGAUAUCUACCACCUAUCUCUCUCAUUUAAGUCAGUUAAAUUUACCUUUAUUCCUAGAGCAGCUAAUGUUAGAGCUGACUCUAUUGCCAAACAGGCCUUAUGGGCCUUGAACCAAAGUUAAAUCAUGAAUGAAUUCAGUUUGCACAAAAAAAAAAUAUUAGGACGCACUUUGAAGCAUAGGUUCUAAUUUCAGAAACAGUAUGUUGAACAAGACGAUGAGUAUAGAAGAAGACAACAAUGUUGUUGUUGACGACUCUUCUUCACUAGAGUUUGUCUCUUUUCUUGGGCCAGGUGGUUUCGGUUACGUAUCUAUCAUGAGAGAUUCCAAAUACCUUUUCUGCGCUGAGAAAUCAUAUCUAAUGGAUUUUUUGAAGAUUCUCGAGAAAGAGCUUAGGAUCAUGCUUUGUUUUCGCAACCAUCCAUGCAUCGUUCAAAUCACUAGUCCUAAUCUUCACGUUGGGAUCAAUGAACUGAAACAUUUUUUACAGUUCAACCAAUCUAACUAAAAUUAAUUUAAAUUGUUUUCUGUUCAUUUUGCUCAUUAUCUUAUAUGUAAUUUUCUAUAACAAAAAAAAACAAAAAUUCAAUUUUGUAAAACAAAAAAAAGAAUAAUUUUAAAUAAUUUUAAAUUGUCUACCAGCUAUUUUAAUAGCAACUUAUAAUACUUAUAUGCCAAAAUAUACAUACAAAAAUAUAUAAACAAGAUUAAAAAUUAAACAAAAAUCCCGGGUGUAGCUUAGGCCAACACCUAGUUAAUAAUAAAGUAGUUGUGAUACAUGUUAAGUUUAUCGACCAGAGACUUUGAUCCAUGUAAAUAUGUUUUCUUUCCUUUUUUUAAAUAUAAUUUUCGGUUUUAUUUAUAAGAAUAUUUCCUUUUUAUUAUAUAUAUUUUAUUUGUAAACAAGAUUUGAGCCAGUUGCAUUGCAACGAGUUUUUGUUUGAUGUUUUAAUUUAAUAAAAACCAUAAAAUAAUAAAUCAUUUAUUAUAGUAUUAUGAUUAUUAUUUUGCAUAUAUUGUUUGAAAUUUAUUUUAUAAUUAAAACUCGUUUUCACUCAUAAGUUCAAGUUAAUUUUUUUUUGUAUUUUAUAAUCAUGGUGCAUAGAUGACUUAAUACUCAAGAUUAGAGAAAAUACUAUACAUAAACAUUUAAACUGAGCACAAUCCGAAAUAAGAAAUGAAAAGUAAAAAGAAAUAAAUUUUAAAUACACCAAUUAAAUCAAUGACAAUGGUAUACAUGUUCUUAUGUUCUAAUUUAAUGUUUUUAUUAAAUAAGUCUUUAAAUUGUUAUUUUGCCAGAAUUUUUUUAAAAAGGAAAACAUUCUAUUUUAUAAAUCUCCUUUUUAUUUACAAUUAAAAAAUAAAAAAAAUACUAAAUACUCUUUUUAAAAUUUUGUUUAAAACUUUAGAAAAGGUAAAUUAUUGUCAUAUUAGCUAUUACAAUUAUCCUCUCUUUAUAAUUUCAGGACAAUAAAAUAUUGAUAUCAACUAAUUAUUUUUAGUUAUUAAUAAAUAUUUUAAAAUUUUAUUUUUACAAUUCAUAUGAAUACUAAUUUUACACUUCUUUUGUUAAUUAAAUAAGUUUUAGUAUCAUGCUCAUCAUCAAACAUUCUCUUAAAAAUAAUAUCAAAUAAAAUUUUACAAUUCUCUUUUGGUUAGGACUUAAAAAUAUUACAUAAAUUUCUUUUGUUUAGGAUUUUUUUUAUAAAAAGGAAAAAACUAUCAAAUAUUCUUUUAUAGUUUCGUAGGAUUUUAGAAAAGAAAUUAUUAUUACAUAAUCUUUUACUAUUAUAUUUUGUCUAGGAUUUAAAGAAAUAAAAUUUCUAUCAAAUAACUAUUUCCAGUUAAUAUUAAUUAUUAUUAAAAGUUGCAACUUUUAAAUCGUUUUUUUUCAAUAUCAUUGAUAUUUUUAUAAUUUUUCUUGUUAAUUGAAUAAUUAUUCAUAUCAUGUUUAUCAUUAAAUUUUUGAAGUAAAAAUUACUAUUAAAUAAAAUUUUACAAUUCUUUCUAGUCACAAUCUAAAAAAAGGGAAAAUUCUUAAAUGGUUAAGAUUAGAAAAGAAUUUUCUUUUAAAAAUCUCUUUUAUUUAAGAUUUUAGGAAAAAAAGAAGUUAUUUUCAUAUAAUGGAAGUUUUUAUUGACACUAAUUUUUUUAAUUGACACAUAUCACAAUCAUACAUAAUAGGUGAAAUAUUUGAAGUUAAUUUUGGUUUAUAGUAUUUUUUAACACAAAAUUAUUAAAAAGUAAAGGUAGUUAAUUAUAAGAAAAUAAGAUUAAUUUUAUGUUUUUAUUUUAUUUAUGCUUAUAAAAAGAAAAUUAAUUAUUUUAUUUCUUGUAGAUUUUUAUACAAAUGUUUUCUUUUUAAUUGAAAAAAUGUUUAAUUAAUUAUAUAUUUUUUAUACAUACAAAUACAUAUUUACAUAUACUCAUGCACGACAAUAAAAUCAAAAUUAAAAGUUAUGCUAGCAUCAUAAGCUGUAAUAAAGAUAAUAAAAAGUUGAGUUGUAUCAAAAAAUUAAAAGAAAAUACUCAGGUAAUAUAGUGCAUGUAAAUACUAUUGUAUUUUGUGAAAAUAAUAUGUGAAAUCUCAAACAUAAAUAUAAAUAUGAAAUAUUUGUAACUAUUUUUAGUCAUAAUUUAUUAACAUACAAUUAUCUAUUAAAAAAGAAAGUUAUUUACUUAUAAGAAAAUAAUAACAUUAUUUUCACAAUUUUCUUUUAAUUACACUUAAAAAAGUAAUAUUUUUUUCAUGUUUUUAUUAAAUAAUUUAUUGGACUUGUAUGAUUCUACAAUUCGUUUUUGUUUAACAUUUUUUUCUUAAAAGUUAAUGUUUAUCUUUUAUAAUUCUCUAUCUUUAAUACUCACUUUGUUCCUAAAUAUAAAAUGUUUAGGUAGAAAUACACAUAUUAAGAAAACUACUUUUUGUCUAGAAAUUAUUAUUAAAACUAUAAAUUAAUGAUAUUCAACCAAUUACAAAAUAGACUAUUAAAAUAUGAUUGGGUAUAUAGUUUUUAAUAAAAUAAAAAUUACCUAGGAAAAUGAAAACAUCUUAUAUAUUAGAACAUCAAAAUUUUGUAAAACAUCUCACAUUUAAGAACAAAUGGACUAUAUUUUAAAACAAACAUUAUAAUGAAAAAUAAUAAUAACAAUAAUAAUAAUAACAGUUUGAAGAAUCAAGUUUUAUAUAAUAAGAUAUAAAGAAGGAAACUAAAAUUAAAAUUUUAAUUGGCAUAAAUUAUUAAAUAUUUUUUGAGUACAUUAUUCUUAGAUAUAAUAUUUUACUUUAUUAAAGGCAUCUCUAUAAUUAACAUUAUUCAAAGAAUAUGAAGCAUGUUAUGAAUAAUGUGGAUUGCCAUUAACAAAGACAAGAAGAGAAGAUCCAUCAGGCCACGACCAGGCCCAACCGCGGUCGUGUCCAAGAGGAGAGAGAGAGAGCCGACUUCAGGAGAGAGAGAGGCGACCACAAGUUUGAAGAAAAGGAAACCCUUUCCUUUUCCUAUUAGAUGUUAUCUUUCUUUUUAUGUAUUUAGUAGAUUUCCUAUUUUAUGUAGGAUUAGGAUAAGUACUCUUUCCAUUUAUCUCUAUCUUGUAAUCCUUAUAUAAGGAACCACUUUUGAUGAUUAAUAAUAACACGAAAUAUUCAGUCUAAAACGAAUUGUUCACAACACGUUAUCAGCACGAUAGACUCCAAACCCUGAGACAAAACCCCAACCUAAAAUCCGUCACACAUAAACCCUAAAUCAGGCGGAACUUCAAACCGAUCGAUCUCUCCAACCCCGACGAACCAGACGACGAGCGCCAAAGGAAAUUGAAGCUCUUGACGAGAUGAAUCCAUCAGCGUAAACCGUUUAUCGAUCCGAUCUGAGACGCGCCCACACUCGCAGAAACAAUACACGGCGCCGACUUAGUUCUUUGGAACCCUAAUCCGAACCUACAAGAUUUUCUAACCAAUUUCAAAUCCUAUGAAAGAUAAGUUUAUCAUACCUUAGUAGUUUGAUGAUAUCUUGUUCAAAUUACGGUGUUCAUGUAAUCUAAUACUCCUUAUUUAUUGUUUCAUGAGCUGAGAGGAGUUGGUGCAAAGAUCUAAUCUCGAAGAAGCCUAACUUGUUCUUGCUUGCGUUCCGGCUUGCAAACUCCCGAUCAGCUAAAGCCCUUAAGCGUUCCUGAUCCUAGACAACCUCAGCUUCCUGUUCGCAACAUAGCCAGCUCGUGUUCCCAAUCAACCAGCUCGCAAUCUGCUCAGCCACUCGCAAAGGAAGCAGCUCGCGACCCGAUAGGAGGCAGCGUCCGUCCAGCUCCCGUCCGAGGUUUAUCAGUCCAUCUUGGAGGUCUGGUUUCUACAAUCUGCAAAACAAAGGUAAUCCUAAUUCUGAGAACAUGAAUCGAACCUGAUUGUUUUGUAAAGAUUGAAACCCUAAAAGAUAAAACUCUAAACUAAAAGCCAUAGGAUAAUAGAUCAAAUCAUGUCUUUGGAUAAUAGAUCGUAGAUGUUCCAUAAGAUUAAGGAAACUCGGAUAGAAAGAAAAGGUGCAUAGAAUGAUAGAUCCGAAGUUAUAAGAGAAACCAUACAGACAUUGAGAAAAGGCUGCACAGCUACACAUCUAAGGUACCAAAUCAAGUGGCUUGGGACGCCAAGCUACUAGCUAACAAAGGUCCUGGAUAAUGAAAUCUCAAAAUGAUCAAAUCAUGUCUGGAACAUAAUGGAACCAUAUGAAAGUGUCGACACACACAUGAAGAUCUAUAUAAAGAUGCAUAAGAGAAUAGCACUUGAACAUGAACGAGGAUCAUGAACCCACGAAUGAGUACUCAUCAUACAAUCAUACAAUCAUAAAAGAUUAUAAAGAUUAGAAAGAUAAACGUGGAGGUUCAAAGUAUCUAAAAGAGAGAUGAGCGUAUUGUCCAUGUACAUAUACAGAAACGCUAUCCGAUAAAACCAGUGAAAUAGAUGGAUCUUGUGAGAUAAAGAAACCGUGAGAGAAGACAUAUAAAUCACGUGGCCUAGAGUGUCCAUGUCUUCAUAUUAACAGCAUUAGAUAUAGCUUGUUACACAAGGUACUCACAGAGAUCAAAAGGAACAGAUUAUAAGGAGAUGAACUCCUAUGUGGUGAAUGCUACUACAGAAUUCGAAAUUGACAAAUGGUUUGGUCAUAAGAAAGAAAAUAGAUACACUGAUGUAGUAAGCAGCAUAUGGAUCACUGGAUAAGAUAAUAUAAAAUAAGAGAACAGCUUUGUUCCUAAGCUGAUUGAUGGACUGAAAUAAAAGCAGCUGCAUAUAGUAUGUAAAAGAAAUUGAUCACACAUGAUCAUUGAUCUUGGAGUUAUGUAAAAGACAAUCCAAUAACAGUCCAUAUACUUAUGAGAAUUUAUAAAGAAAUUCCUUAUGCUUAUACUAAACCUAAAAGAGGUUAGAAGAAUGACACAGAACAUAUCUGUACGCGUCCAGCACAUUGGCUGAGAGCAUCCGGUCCUUCAAACUAAAGACGUCCGGCCCUGUCCGUCCAAGGGCGUCCGGCUAUUCAGCAAAAGGUGUCCGACCCUUUGACUAAAGACAUCCGGCCCUUAUUCUUCUCGAUCACGAGCUAGUAGGAAAGAUCAACCAUCAGGUUGUGAUCCGACAAUCAGAUCCUUUAAGUAAGGAUCCGGCUUAGUAGAACCGUAUGCUGCUGUAUAACCCAUACAAAGACUUGGUCAUAAGAUUGAGAGGAGAUAGUUAAUCAAACGGAUACAAAAGAAGUUGUAGUCCCUAAGCUCGUGAAAGCCGAAGUCCAUGACCUAAUAAUGUAUACUUAGCGUGUGAUAUGAUCCACAACAACUGAGGUCAUGAAACGCCAUCAUAUGGCAUUACCUAAGGCAAAGGAAUCAAUGUCCACAUCCAUGAGUGUGUUCGGCCUAAGAGCCACAGCAAAGAUCAUUGAUCUUGAACACUCAUAACAUAAAGUAGUAGACAUGUAUAAGACAAGGUCUAUGACCUGGACAUUGAUCGGCCAGAUUGAUACAUGGCCGAAUGGUUAUCAUGAAUAGCAAAGUAAAGAGUUUGGUGGUCGACGAUCACGUCUAGACCAUGGACACAUGCAAACACGUUUUGUAAAGACCAACAAGUGAUUCCCAAGGACAAUGUGGUUCACAUUGUUUAGCACACAUGCUUUACCGGGACACUCGAUGUCAAAGGACAUGAGAAACGACCUGAGAGGUCUAAGUGGUCUCAAUUACGGUUCAGUAAUGAAACUGGCCGAUUUCUCCCUUCCUACACAGACAUGAAAGAUCACGCAUUAGAUGCGUGGAAUGUAGAACCUACACUGAGGUUCACAUCAGGGGGAAUAGUGCGUGUUGUACUCUUUUUCUUUCAUCAUGGUUUUGUCCCACUGGGUUUUCCUGAUAAGGUUUUAAUGAGGCAACAUUAAGCGUACUACAAAUCCUGUAUGGUUAUGGCAUCCAAGGGGGAGUGUUAUGAAUAAUGUGGAUUGCCAUUAACCAAGACAAGAAGAGAAGAUCCAUCAGGCCACGACCAGGCCCAACCGCGGCCGUGUCCAAGAGGAAAGAGAGAGCCGACUUCAGGAGAGAGAGAGGCGACCACAAGCUUGGAGAAAAUGAGGUUUCCUUUUCCGAUUAGAUGUUAUCUUUCCUUUUAUGUAUUUAGUAGAUUUCCUAUUUUAUGUAGGGUUAGGAUAAGUAAUCUUUUCAUUUAUCUCUAUCUUGGAAUCCUUAACUUUUUUUGAUGAUUAAUAAUAACACAAAAUAUUCAGUCUAAAACGAAUUGUUCACAACAAAGCAACGCAUAUAUAGACAUGGUUUAUAGCUAACCCUAAAAAGAAAAAAAAGAGAGAAGAAAAGAGCAAAUAGAGAUCUGCCGCGGCCACAUAUUAGGUUGUUUCUAUCUUUUCAUUCACAGAAGUUUCUCUCAGCCCUUAGCCAGAAACCAUGUCCUAUUUGCCGCCGGUGUUGCCUUCUGCUCACUAUGCCAAUACAUUCCCAGCCGCACACACAGGUGUCUUCUGGGACCUCAAUGAUUUCCCAAUUCCAUGUCUCGAUCCCCAUGUGGUUUAUGAGAAUAUCAAGUCAACCCUUCUCAAUAAGGGUUACUCGGGACCCGUGUCUAUAUGGUUGUACGCGAAUCAUGAAUCCCAGAUACAGAAGGAUUAUAAGGAGGAUUAUGAGUCUGCUGGAUUCAGAUUCUGUUUCGAACCUGCAGACACGAGAGAUUAUAGAAUGUCAGUGGACAUGCUAAUAUGUGCGCUGGAUCAUCCAUCUUCAAAUCUGAUGGUACUCGCAGAGGACUUCAAAGAGGAAGAUGCAGUCUGUAAUAUUUACCUUUUGCACCAUAGAAGACAAAAUAUCUUCUUAGCAUACCAACAGCAAGUAGAACCAAGCCUUUGUACUGAAAGCCCACGGUGGCUUUAUGAAAGUGUCUUGCAAGCUGUAGAUCAACAAGGCGGCCAACAUGUUGACAAAAAGAACAAGACCACCAUCAGAAUCAUCAACACCCCAAUGCCGACCUUAGACGUACCCGGAAGCUUCGUCAGAUCACGGGUUCAUACUACACAUGCCAUCUGGGACGCCGUGGAUUCCGCAGCACUUCAAGAUUUGGAACCUGUCAUCUCUGCUGCCAAUAUCGAUGCAUUUUUUAUGCUUAGAGGUCUUCCUCCUCCUAAUUUUACCAAGGUGUUUGCUGAUGAGGAUGCCCUCCCUGAACAUCUCAUCACAGAAUAUCUAGGUUCCAGUCUCCAUGUCGAUAUCAUCCCCAAAGGAAAUAUGCGUGUCAGAAUUCAAAAAAUUGCAAAGUUCAUUCUUUUCAAUGCAUUGACUCAUCGUAGCAAACCAACAACCUUGCUUGUACUCUCCGAAGACAUUCUUGAAGACCCUCUUUUCAUGACUGUUUAUGAAGCUGUGAAAUCGAAAGGUUUCACUCUCAUUUUUCAGCCGCCCAAGUCCAUAUUAGCGUCAGAGUUAUAUUUGGAUCCCAGAUUAGGAAGUUGGUUCUGAUUGGACUUUUCAUGUUCCUUUCUUCGAAAUAAGCUAUUCAUGGUCACUGCCCUUGUUUGUUUUUUUCUUUAGUUUAUUUCAAUGCAGUUUGAAUACUUGUCUUGUAAAAUAUAACUUAUUUUGCUCCUCCCUUAUGGUUACAUUAUCUAAUAAUGUAUGGUUACGUCUUCUGACCAUUUUUGUAAUA